AUGCCCGUUCCUAAUCAAGGUGUAACACAACUUACACCUGACACCACCUCGACGACAUCUCCUACCAGCAACUACUUCAAGCCGUUGGCUCCCUCUUUCCAGACUCUCCAAGCUGGCCUCGCAAUCUUUGCUGUUGUUGUAAUUGCUCGGUUUUGCGUUCUAAAGCUGUACCUAUGGUUGCGACAUAUGCGCGGCUUGGACCAACACACCCACCCUGCUAGAUCUACUAUCUCAUCUUUCUCUCAGCCUCGACUUUUGCAGUCGCGACCUAUCUGGACAAUGAAUGAGAAGGACAUCACGCCGCCUACUCGCCAGGAGGAAAUAGAUGUGGAAAGUGGCUUACAGGUCAGCACAGUGGAGAAGAAAUUGGCCAUCAACCCCAACUGGCAAAGUAUGGACAAUGCCAUGUCCAAACACAUCAUAUCGCGACCACCUCCGGCGCCACCUCUGACACCUCCCGAGCUGAGCACUGCUGUCUUUACUUUUGAGGACCGUCCCCGACCAGGAGAUGAUAGUUUCAUCCGUCAACCAAACCCUGAUUACAUGUCUUCAACAGCCAACGAAGUCCUUCCUCCCAGUUCAGGAGCCGCCUCAGUCACUCGCCGGCGUUCAUACAACAAGACCCUUCCCAUUGGAGUUCCCAUUCCUCGGUCUUCGCAAGGCAUAUCAGAUGCUGCUGAUCUCACUUUCUCGCCCAGCUCCUACCCACCUACAAGCCCGUUGCUACCACCAGCCCCACCCAAUGCAGGAACAGCGGAGAUCGGCGUCCAGGGAGAGAUUAUUGGUGUUCUGGAUUCCGAAGGGGCCGGCUGGACAAGACAUACGCGUGUCUACGGCGGCGGAGUCUGCCUUGCCUGUGCGGCCUCCGGCGGGAACCACGGCGGCGGUUUCUAUGGGGCGACAGUUCGACCGGAAGAAAUGCGAUGA